AUAGCAUCGAAAACCCAUAAAACACGUUAAAUAAGUCUAAUAAAGGAUAAAAACGGUAUUAAAGAGAUCUCCCAUUUUCUGUGUCUCCGUAUUGAUCUCCAGAAGGGCAACAUGGCGGGAUUGAGUGCGGGUGUGUGUCUCCUCUUCUCCAUCCUCUCCCUCGUGUACGGGGGGGAGCUGACGGUGUCCCACUCCCCCGACACCCUACGCUUUGGUCACGCCGACGCCCUGCGGACCAGUGACCUUGAUGACGUGCUGGCGGCCUCCCUCGGCUACACACCGGCCCAGAACUCGCUGUGGCAGGGGCUCACCAUCACCUCCCCCUUCUCACCCCCCACUGCGGCUGUGGUGGUGGAGGUGCAUAGCGGGGGGGCCAGCGUGAGGCAGGAGGGCGCCAACUACGGCCUGAAGGAGGAUGUGUCUCUGGAUGAGGUGUUUGGCCGCAUCAAGAAUGUGUACGGUUCCCGGGCCCAGCACCACACCCUCUUCAAGCACCUCACCGUUGACACCUCGCCUGAUGACGAGAACUGGGCCCACACCAUCCCCAAGACCCAGGUGCUGGACUACUCCCAGGAGCCCGAUGCCUCCUUCCUGCGGGAGAUGGCCGCCCUGGUGAACACGGCACGCACGGCGGAGGAGAUCACGACCCUCUCCCACGGCGGGCAGGACGUCAUCUUCCUGGAGGUGAGCGGCCUGGAGCAGCUGGUCAAGAAGUACGGCGAGAACUCUCCACAGGUUGUGGAAGCGUCGGCCAUCCUCCGCAACCAGCUGGUGAAGGUGACGGAGCUGAUGAGGGACAUGUACAGCGACCGUGUGGUGGUGAUGACCGCCACCGUGGAACAGCCCAAGCAGCUCUCCCGACGCACACGCUCCAUCCUGCAGGCCACAGAGGGCAACGAGAACAACCUGAACAAGGAGUACACCUCCGACUACCCGGCCAUCUUCAACAUCAUCCUGUGGCUGAGCAUCGUCCUGGCCAUCACCGUGCUGGCCAUCUCCCUGUCCAUGUGGAACAUGGACCCUGGCCGGGACUCCAUUAUCUACCGCAUGACCACCAUGCGCAUGAAGAAAGAUAAUUAAUUGUUGUUGCCAUGGAUGGCGUGUGUGAGUGAGUGUGUGUGUGUGUCCUGAGCACAAACAGUGGCCACCAUAGGUUGUGUUAGGAAACCCUUUGUUGACUGUAUCAGACCCUGUGUUAGUUGUCCUGAGUUUUAAAGAGGAAAAUAUUCUAUUUAUUAAAAGAUUGUGUGUGGGUGCUUUGUACAAGAUGUAUAAAGAAAGUUAUUGUGACAUUCAGAGUAUUAGUGUAUAUAGUAACUUGAUUCAUAAAAAAGGAAGCAGAAUGAACUUGAAUUGUAUCAAGCACUGUGAUCACAAUAGUUGGUUAUUACAAGGCUAACUAAAGCACUUCUGCACAUUAAGUAGCAUUUGCUUUAAAUGUACAGCUGAGCUACAGUGGAAGUGCUGAAGGAAAGUUGUAGCAAAGUGACGCAUAAUACUAAAGGAAAUUAGUUGACUGUGCUUGUUUUGGAAAUUUCCUCCAUGUGUCUUAAAACAUUCCAGUCUUGUUCUUGCAGGAACAACCAUUUUUGUUAAACUACCGCAUCAAUCCAUCACUUACUAAGGGAGGCACAACAGACAAACUUUUUGCCCUCAUCCUGUGCUGUCUGCACUUCAAUGAUAUUUUCAUUUCGCCUAUAUAAGACCCGCCUUGUGGGGCACAUACCCUGCCUUCCCAGCCCCAUGUGUUUUUGCUAAAUCACAAUUACCCUAACAAGGCCUGCAGUGAAUACCUGCACUCAUGUUUAUGGUAAUUCUGAUGUAUCAAGGUGUUAGAUAGUGUAUACUCACAGAUUGUAUAUAUGUAUGUUAAUAUAUGGUAAACUGUGGUUAAGG